CUGCCUCCUUCCACGGAUGCGCUUAAAAGGCGGUGGCGGUAGCGGCAGCGCCCGGCGCCCCGGCUCACCUCAGCCAUGAGCAGCGCAGCCGGCCCAGACCCGUCGGAGGCGCCCGAGGAGCGGCGUUUCCUCAGGUCAGCUGGGGAGAGACCCCCACUCUCCAUCUCUCCCGACAUGGGAAGAGCUGAGCUUAGCUCAAAUGCUACCACCUCCCUUGUCCAGAGGAGGAAACAGGCCUGGGGAAGGCAGUCAUGGCUAGAGCAGAUUUGGAACACAGGGGCUGUUUGCCAGAGCACCGCGGAGGCAGCCGCCCUGGAGCGGGAGCUGCUGGAGGAUUAUCGCUUUGGGCGGCAGCAGCUCGUGGAGCUGUGCGGUCAUGCUAGUGCCGUGGCUGUGACCAAGGCGUUCCCGUUGCCCGCUCUUUCCCGGAAGCAGAGGACGGUGCUAGUCGUGUGCGGCCCAGAGCAGAACGGGGCAGUGGGGCUGGUCUGUGCCCGGCACCUGCGGGUGUUUGAGUACGAACCCACCAUCUUCUACCCCACACGCUCGCUGGACCUGCUGCAUCGGGACCUGACCACCCAGUGCGAGAAGAUGGACAUCCCCUUCCUGAGCUACCUGCCCGCUGAGGUGCAGCUCAUUAAUGAAGCCUACGGGCUGGUAGUGGACGCCGUGCUGGGCCCAGGCGUGGAGCCGGGCGAGGUCGGGGGCCCCUGCACCCGCGCGCUGGCCACGCUCAAGCUGCUGUCCAUCCCCCUCGUGAGCCUGGACAUCCCCUCAGGCUGGGACGCAGAGACCGGCAGCGAUUCGGAGGACGGGCUGCGGCCUGACGUGCUGGUGUCUCUCGCGGCGCCCAAGCGCUGCGCCGGCCGCUUCUCCGGGCGCCACCACUUCGUGGCCGGCAGGUUCGUGCCCGACGACGUGCGCCGCAAGUUCGCUCUGCGCCUGCCGGGAUACACGGGCACCGACUGCGUCGCGGCACUGUGACCGCCACCCGCGCCCACACCGCUGGGACCCUCGCCAAUAAAGAGCCCUCCCACCACC